AUGUUUUCGUCAUCAUCCUCAGUAAAUAAUAUCGUUACUACUGAAUGGGUUGCGCAAAAUUAUGAUUCUAUUAUACCUGUUGAUGGAUCAUGGCAUAUGCCAAAUGCUAAUAGAAAUCCUUAUGAAGAAUACUUUAAAACACGUUUGAAGAAUGCGAGAUUUUUUGGAAUUGAUGAAAUUAAAGACAAGACUAGCGAUUUACCGCAUAUGUUGCCAACUCCAAAAGAAUUUGCGGAUGCUGUAGGUAACCUUGGAAUAUCUGAAAAGGACCAUGUGGUGGUUUAUGAUUCAAUUGGAAUAUUUUCAUCAACAAGAGUUUAUUGGACCUUUAAGGUCUUUGGACAUGAACGAGUAUCUCUUCUUGAUGGAGGGCUACCUAAAUGGUUAGAAGAAGGUAGGCCGGUCGAGAGUGGUCCAAUCGACAUUGUUCAAAAAUCGUACAAAGUUCCAACAUUAAAUACAGCACUCGUGAGGGAUUAUGAUGAUAUUAGGAAAAAUAUUGACAAUGGUAAUGAUUCUCUAAAUUUUGAACAAGUUCUGGACGCUAGGCCUGAACCACGUUUCACUGGGGAUGCAUCCGAACCAAGGCCUGGACUCCCUAGUGGGCACAUGCCAUAUUCUAUCUCAGUACCAUUCAAUUCAAUCAUUGAUCCAAAUACCAAAAAAACAUUGUUGAAUGAUGAUGAAUUAAAGAACCUCUUUAAAUCAAAGAAUGUUGACUUAGAAAAACCUAUUGUAUUAAGCUGUGGCAGUGGUGUCACUGCCACGAUGCUUUAUACUGCUUUGGAAAAAAUUGGUGCCAAAAAACUUGCGGUCUAUGAUGGAAGUUGGACCGAAUAUGCUGGUAAGGAAGGGUCUCCUAUUGUUGGUAGAAAAUGA